AUGUCCUCUUCGUACGCGUUGAACUGCUCUAAAUUGAUCUCUCUCACUAAACAACUGAGCUCUUACUCAAACCAAGGAAGCCAUGAACAAGCUCUUAAUCUCUUUCGUCAAAUGCAUUCUUCUUUCGACUUACCUCUCGACGCACACGUCUUCUCACUCGCUCUGAAAUCUUGCGCUGCAGCUUUUCGUCCUGUUCUCGGAGAAUCAGUCCAUGCACACACCGUAAAAUCGAAUUUUCUGUCUAACCCAUUUGUUGGAUGCUCGUUACUCGAUAUGUAUGGUAAAUGCUUGUCUGUUUCUCACGCUCGGAAACUGUUCGACGAAAUUCCUCAGAGGAAUGCGGUUGUGUGGAACGCGAUGAUUUCACAUUAUACACAUUGUGGGAAGAUCAAGGAAGCGGUUGAGUUGUAUGAAGCUAUGGAUGUUAUGCCAAAUGAGUCUUCUUUCAAUGCUAUUAUAAAGGGUUUAGUGAGUACUGAAGAUGGGUCUUAUAAGGCUAUUGAAUUCUAUAGGAAGAUGACUGAAUUUAGAUUCAAGCCUAAUUUGAUUACCCUUCUUGCGUUAGUAUCCGCUUGUUCAGUUAUUGGGGCUUUUAGAUUAAUUAAAGAGAUUCAUUCAUAUGCUUUUAGGAAUCUGAUUGAGCCACAUCCGCAAUUGAAAAGCGGGUUAGUAGAGGCAUACGGGCGAUGCGGAAGUAUUUUCUAUGUGAAAUUGGUGUUUGAGAGCAUGACUGAUAGAGAUGUGGUUGCUUGGAGUAGCUUGAUAUCCGCUUAUGCGGUUCACGGUGACGCGGAAUCAGCUCUCAAAACAUUUCAAGAAAUGGAAUCAGCUAAAGUAUUACCCGAUGACAUAGCGUUUCUGAACGUGCUAAAGGCUUGUAGUCACUCUGGUUUAGCCGAUGAGGCUCUUGUUUACUUUAAGAGAAUGCAGGAUGAUUACGGUUUGCGUGCAAGCAAGGACCAUUACUCAUGUUUGGUGGAUGUCUUAAGCAGAGUAGGGAGGUUUGAAGAAGCGUACAAAGUGAUUCAAGCUAUGCCUGAGAAGCCAACGGCUAAGACAUGGGGAGCUUUACUUGGAGCUUGUAGGAACUACGGCGAGGUUGAGCUAGCAGAGAUUGCUGCAAAGGAAUUGUGGAAGAUAGAGCCAGAGAAUCCGGCGAAUUACGUGUUGUUGGGGAAGAUUUAUAUGAGUGUUGGAAGACAAGAAGAGGCAGAGAGACUUAGAAUGGAGAUGAAGGAGAGAGGAGUCAAGGUUUCACCUGGUAGUAGUUGGUGUUUGUUCAAAGAUUGA